AUGGAAACGUUACCGCCCGAGAUAAUCACGGAAAUCCUGGAGUACCUGUCGUUUGACGACCGGCGCCGGAUGGCCCUGGUCAACAGGACGUUCCGGUACGCGUCCCUGCACCCGGCGCUGUCGCAACAAGAGCUGUUCGUGUACACCGCGCCGGUGCAGCGGCUGCGGGUGGACGACCGGCGGCGACGGUUCGAGGACUUUAAAAAAGCGUUGCGCGAGCCCCGGAGAAAGCGGUUGUGCCUGAAAUUCUGCGGCACGAACCGCGCAGACAUCGGCAGGAUAUUCAACAGCGGCGCUGGUUGGCCGUCGUCCGUAGUGUCCCUGCACCUGGACAACCAGAGCUGUCUGACCGACUCGUUCUUGGACGCGAUCACCAACUGUUGCGACGGUCUGGAAGAGCUACGCCUCGAGAACAUCGGCCGGAUGUGCUUGGCCGACAAGCCCCGGCGACCGAUGCUCGCGUUGCGCAGCGUGCGCUUGCACUGCGUGGGCGUGUCGGACAGGUGUUUCAACGUGCUCAUGAGUUGUGCCCCGAACGUGGCGGACGUGUGCAUCGAUGACUGUCAGACGUACGAGUGGCUGGACCACGCGAACGCGACCAUCGAUAACGGUAUUUCCAACGCGGGGCUAUCGGACGCCAACAUCGUCGGCUACCUGCAGGGCACUGCGGCCAGCACCGUGGACAGCCUUCAAUUGUACCAGUGUUGUCACGUGUUCGGCGCGAUGCGGUCUCAGGUCCUUCGGCUCAAGUCCCUGCUGCUGAGUCAGGACAAACCGUACCUGAGCACGUGCCGGACGAUCGACUACGACAAACUAGAAUCGGCAUUGGCCCUACAAGUGUCGCUGCAGUGGUUGGAAAUCAAUCACCUCCCGGCACGUCUACUCGCGGCCGUGUCCGGGCUGCGCGGUCUCCGGCAUUUGACGUUGAACUUGAAUAUUAGUCGCGACGACGUGGGAUGUCUGCGAGAAUUUUCGGAAUCUUUGCGUGACAUGAAGCGUAUCAGGACGUUGGCCGUGAACCGAGUGGUCGCGACAUCGGCGGACAAAGAACGCGAUAUGCUACUUCAGACGUUCGCGAUACCGGAAUGCGCGUACGAGUCCCUGACGUCCUUGGAUUGUUCGUUAGACAGCAGUCUGUGCGCGUUGCGUGCCGGCAAACGGUUGACAAGUUUACGGAUUCGAAACGGUGACGUCCUGUCGGCCGGAAGUUUGCGACUGUUGUUCGAAAACCUCGUCGGUCUGAGACGUCUGUGGAUCGACAACUGCGUCUGUCUGGACGAUGACGUCAUGUCCGGCUUGCCGGUGUCUAAUCUCAGAGGGUUGGUUUCUCUAAAGAUAUUCAACGCAAAUUUGACAUACAGAUGUCUGCCACACAUUAAACUUUUGCAUUUAAGCGUCUUGAUCAUCGACAAUAUGUCAUUAGGACCGUGCGUUGCAUUGAGCAAUUUGUCUGAUUUCGAUUAUUGUUUAAAAACAUUUAGUUGUUUUGUUCCCGCUUUAACUCAACUCGAAUUACAACUCUUGGCGGGCCGGAUCUGGCCCGCGGGCCGUAGGUUGGAGACCCCUGCCAUAGAGUAUAAUACAAAGAAAUGUCGCGGUCGAUUACAUUCAUCUAGACAAAAUGUAGUUCAUACUACUGAACAUAACCAUGUUGCCGAUAUUGUAAAAGCUGAAGCUAAAGAAGUAAUGGCAAGACUUAAAAAUAUUGCAAAAACUUCUCAACUUAGUACCCAUUCUGUAUUAGGAACACUGACAUCACAGCAUGUUGAAUCUCUAACUCAAAGGUUUUUCUCACAAAAAAGAUUAAAAAAUGUUGGACUACUUUCAAUUCCACAUUUCUAG